AUGACCCAGCUCACCGUCCUGGCGCGCCAGUUUGAUCUGGGUGGUGAGAUCGCGGAGAGUUAUGCCGAGUUGAAGGCCUUCACAGAGGCAAAGAAGAUUCAACUGGAGGGGGAGUUGACAGCAGCAGCGGCAGCGCAGGCAGCAGCAGCUUCAACAGAUGAAGAACUCUCGACGGGGGACAAGGUUGACCAGAAAGCGAAAUCUAGCCAGCCAUCCGAUAAAAAAAUCGAAACUCCCAAGACUCUCCCUAAGCCGAAAGAACCAGUGACUAGCUCUCCUUAG